AUGGCUACCGAUACUCCAGAGCCUUCAGCGACUCAACUGGCACAAGCACUCGUCGAAUUUUCUUUACGCGGCUCUUUUCCAGAAGAAAAUCAGGCAGAAAUUCAUGCGAUCAACGAGGAUACCGCCGACGAUGUACGAGCAUGGCAAACCAAUGCGCAAUCUGUCCAGGACGACAUGAUCCGGUCAAAAGCGCUAGCAAACGAAAUCAUCAAAACUUCUGAAGCACCGGCAGUCUCAGGGAAGGAUACCCACGAUGCCGAGGCAAAGGCCGAGUUUCUGGUUCGGGAGCUCAACUACAACGCCCAAGUGCAGGAAGCUCUCAAAGGAAUCAGGACAGUCAACCGCACACUCGAUGAAGUUGAGAAAGCAAGAGAUGAGCGGAGGAUAUUGGAUGCGCUACACCUACUCGAACGAUCAUGGAAGGAACUUGAUGCCAUACCAGUCAACAAAUCCUGUCGGGCAAUCAAAUUGCUGGAUAUCAGAGCUUUUGAACUCAAAUCCGAUGUUCAUGAGGUUUUCGACCAUGUGUGGAACACGCUUAUCAAUGUUGAUGUUGAGAAGCAUACGGUCUCUAUGAGCAGCGGCCGGGAUGAUGAACCUAUGAGUCUCUCGGAUGCGGUGAUAGGUCUGCAAGCCUACAAGGAGCUUGACAGGCGUACGGCUCAGCUCUGGGCCAGCCUUAAUGCGGCUGUCCUCGUUCCCAGAAUGGAUAUGGAGAGAGAGACCUUGCCGGGCAUUCAAAUACAAGAUGUAAGUACGACAGAUAAAUCUGUCGAGUCUUUAUUCACCGAUCUCGAAAAGGUUUUUAGGUUCCUUGUUGAAAGAUUACCCGGUGACUUGGUCGAGACCAUUUCCCCCACCCUUCUUCCAGGGGUAAUACACCGAGUAACCAGUGUAUGGCUUGAUUCGGCCGUCCCAUCGUCUUUGAACGACAUGGCGAGGUUUCAACAAGUCAUCGCUCUCGCCAAAAGCUUCUGUGCGACACUACGGAAACUGGGAUUCACAAAUCUGGGAGAUUUACAAGAGUGGACGGAAAGUGCCCCGAGGGUAUGGCUCUCCAAGUGCAGGGAAGCCGCAUUGGAUGCGGUCCGCGCAAAGCUGUCGAAAGGCUUUGGUGAACCGACCCGGGUAGAAAAGAUCGAGAAGCAGAUGGUGUCAAAGUCAGAAGGUCAACAAAUAGCGGCCAAUGGGGCCGCAGCUGUUGAUGACGAUGGAGAAGGAUGGGGUAAUGCUUGGGGUAUUGGGGAUGAUGAGCCACCAAAAGAAGAGCCAAAAGAGGUGGAGAAGAAGGCAGCUGCCAAACCGGCGGAUGACGGUGACGAGGACGUAGCGGAUGCUUGGGGAUGGGGAGAUGAGGCUGCCGAGGAGGAGCAGCUCAUUGAGGAGACACGGAAGAAGACCGAGAUGGAAGACGAGGAUCCGGCUUAA